UGUAAUAAGUCUUUCACACAGAAAUAGCCUGAGGUGAGGAAGGUGCGCCCUUGCACUACACCACGAGUCUAUCGAUUCAUUUAUAGUCCCAAUGGCCUUUUAACGCUUUCUUGGAUGAGCAGGCUUAGCAGGGCUAUUAAAAUGACAGCCUUCUUUAGUCAAGUACAGCAAAAUGUCAGGCGUUUCACAUGAACGCCUCCGAUUGCCCCAUGACACAGGCAGCGAGACAAGCAAUUGUUCGUGGCUGAGGUAAAGCGUAGGACAGUCAUGUUUUUGUUACAAGCACAGUCCGGCUCCCUGUACAUUGAUGGCAAUUUCAUUAACACGAGAUUAGAGCAUAAGGAAAGAUGAGCCCGGCACACGGAGCCAAGUAGAAAGGCGAGCCGUUGCUAGCGGUACCACACGCACACAAGUUUGCUCGGACAGUCUGGGCUGAGCCCUCCCCUAAUAUAGGCCGCGGGGUGGGCCGGCCGCUGCCUUGAUUGACGGCUUCCCGGAGUGAUUUGCCCCCCACGUGAUCCGCAAAAGGGGCUGGGAGUAAAAGAAGAGUCCUGCUGGCUGCGCUCUCAUUAUAUUCCAAUAUUCAUUUUAGGAACCAGUUCCAUAGUAUCAUCUCCAUCUGCAAACUGCGUCCCGAGUCCCACUGAGCUUUUCCACAAAUUUCUGUCCAAGAUUGGCAGUCAAGAAUCAUGGACUGUUUUUCUAUGCCUUGUUUUCUGUCAGUGAGUAGACUUUCUGUUCAUUCUGUAUUUUUCAUCUCCCCCCUUGUGUACUUUGCCCGUAGCUGCCCUCCUGCAUAGGAACCCCACGGCUCUGGGUACUUACUGCUGAGGCUAUGGCAGGACCUGAGACAAUGUUGAGCCCCCCCGCAGCGCUCUAGGACAGAAGUGUGCUACACAUCUAGAACGGCAAGUCAGUCUUCUGCGCUCCAGGUGUUGGAGAACUACAAGUACCAACAUUCUUUGGCCAGAGACACCAUGAUUCCUGGUAACCGAAUGCUGAUGGUCAUUUUAUUAUGCCAAGUCCUGCUAGGAGGCACUAACCAUGCCAGCCUGAUACCUGAGACGGGCAAGAAGAAAGUAGUGGCCGAGAUUCAGGGAGGUAGAAGGUCCGCUCAGAGCAAUGAGCUCUUGCGGGAUUUCGAGGUGACGCUGCUGCAGAUGUUCGGCCUCCGCAAGCGGCCGCAGCCCAGUAAGGAUGUGGUGGUGCCCGCGUAUAUGCGGGACCUGUACAGGCUUCAGUCAGCGGAGGAGGAGGAUGAACUACACGAUAUCAGCAUGGAGUACCCGGAGAGACCGACCAGCCGGGCUAACACCGUGAGGAGCUUCCAUCAUGAGGAGCAUUUGGAGAAUCUACCAAGCACAGCAGAAAAUGGAAAUUUCCGUUUUGUGUUCAACCUCAGCAGCAUUCCAGAGAAUGAGGUGAUUUCUUCAGCAGAACUAAGACUCUAUAGAGAACAAAUAGACCAUGGUCCAGCGUGGGAAGAGGGUUUCCACCGGAUAAAUAUAUAUGAAGUUAUGAAACCAAUAACAGCAAGUGGACACAUGAUAAGUAGGCUGCUGGACACACGGCUAAUCCACCACAAUGUGACACAGUGGGAAAGUUUUGAUGUAAGCCCUGCAAUUAUAAGGUGGACCCGGGAUAAACAGAUAAACCAUGGGCUUGCCAUUGAGGUUGUUCACCUCAACCAAACAAAAACUUAUCAGGGGAAGCAUGUAAGGAUAAGUCGAUCAUUAUUACCUCAAGAGGAUGCAGACUGGUCACAGAUGAGACCGCUUUUAAUUACAUUCAGCCAUGAUGGCAGGGGACAUGCACUGACCAGGAGGUCAAAAAGAAGUCCAAAACAGCAAAGACCCCGUAAAAAAAAUAAACAUUGCCGGAGGCAUUCUCUUUAUGUGGAUUUCAGCGAUGUUGGCUGGAAUGACUGGAUUGUGGCACCUCCUGGAUACCAGGCUUUUUACUGCCAUGGAGAUUGUCCAUUUCCCUUGGCUGAUCACCUAAACUCAACUAACCAUGCUAUUGUACAAACUCUGGUAAACUCUGUUAACUCAAGCAUCCCAAAAGCGUGUUGCGUCCCCACAGAUCUGAGUGCUAUCUCCAUGCUUUAUUUGGAUGAAUAUGACAAAGUCGUCCUUAAAAACUAUCAGGAGAUGGUGGUGGAAGGGUGUGGGUGCCGUUAAGUCUGAGACCCAAACAAAAGACUGUUAAGGGCUGGACUUCUUUCCACUGAACAUUCACCUUGACCUUAUUUAUGACUUUUAUGUGCAAAUGUUUUGACAAUAUGAUCAUAUAUUUUGACAAAAUAUAUUUAUAACUACGUAUUAAAAGAAAAAAAAUAAAAUAAGUCAUUAUUUUAAACAUAAGCUACUUCUUUGUACAAUGUGUUUAUAAAUGUACAUUAGGAUGAAUAUGGAUUUAUAUGGGAAUAGAGUAUUUUUUCUAUAAAUUACCUUGUGUUAAUAUUUAUUGGCAAUAUGGCUUAAAACCCCUGCCCCCCUGUAAAUGAAUGUAAAUUAAGCUGAGGCAUAUUGCUGUCUGCAUGUCAGUUGAAUUUAAAUUCCCUACUUCUGGGAAUAGAACUACUUGACUUGCUAACCUGUGUGUGUGUUUAUUUUUUCAAAUUCAUUUGCAUGGAGACUCUGAAACACCUAUGUUGUUAUGCUAAAGUCUGUCAUACCUCCCACCCUCCUGUUGUAUAGCCUAAGUUCAAAGCUAUGCAUAGUUUUUUUUUUUUUAAAACAGAGGUUAGCAAAAGGGCUGUUAAGUAGCGAAGUACUUUGGAAAAUAAUUUUUCUUUAAACAUCAAAGGUUACAGGAUUCUUUUGAAGGUUAAAACACAUUAAAAAUGCACAUAGACUUGACAAGUGAUAUGUUUAAAAUUGACAGAUGUUUUUAUUUGUAUUUUUUUACCAUAAAAAAAAAUCUAGAAAUUUCAAAUAAAUCUGAUCUUAUUUUCCAAAAGCAAGUAAGAAAUUCAUUUUGCGUUGGCAAUUUUUCUUUAUUUUUUGGGGGGGCUUGGAAGUUAUCCAAAAAUGUUCUGUCCCUAAGCUCUUGUGUAGGAAGUAUAGGGAAAAUAUUUCUACAUUUGUUUGUCAAUUAUUAAACUUCUCUAAACCUUAGAAACUAAAAAAGGGACAGCUUAGCUGAAACCAAUAAAAACUGCUAAGUGGAAAGUUUGCCAAAGCCUCAGCUUCCUGGAGAGUGCAGGUGGAGCGACCAGAUUAGAGCCUCAGGCUAACAGGACUGCCUGCUGCUUUUGUGUUGUAACUCUUCAGAAAGGGCCCUUUUAACUGUAUUGAGCUUAAAUAAAUUGUUUUAAAACAGA